ACAAGAGAUUAUAGGAGCUUAUGAAUAAUUUUUGAAGCUCCGAGAUUGUUGUUGGAGCAGAGCUUGAGAGAUUGUGCAUUGGUCUCCUUUGCUUCGUUUUUUCCUUUACUAGUCUUUGGUUGUUUUUCAAUGAGCGAAGCUUUCCAAUUUUCAGCUUUUCCUCUCCAAAACUCGCUACUGGCAUCACAAAGCUUGUCAUCUCGUUUGUUGAAACCUCGAACAAACAAGUCAAGACGUGCGAAUGUUCUACAGUUGGUUGCUUCUGUAUCAAUGUCAAGGAGAAGUAUCAUACGUUUGGCACUGCUUACAGGAGUAUUCUGGAGGUUUUCAGUUUUGAAGAAUCCAGCACUGGCGGAUGGUGCUAUUUCAUUUGCUACGAAGAUAACUUCUCGUCGUAGAUAUGGCCCUCGCAUUCUCAGUUUAGAACAAGAUAUCAACUCCCUUGAUUCAUAUAUUCAUAAUCAUGAGUGGAACAAAGUAGAAGAACUCGUAUCGGAGCGUUAUUUAAACGCACAGAACAAACCAAGAACAGGAAAAUUCUGGUUGGAGAGAAAUGCGUUUCAGCUAUUCGGUUCCGGUGUCUUCCGAGACAACAAAGAUAUCUUGCAAAGGCUGGAGAAUGAAGAGCAACAAUUUUUCACAGCUGCAACUAGAUUAAGUAGAGCUGCUUCCAAAAAUGAUUUGGAAGAGUCAGAAAGAGCAUACACGGACUUAAAGAAUGCUUAUUAUGAGUUCCUCCAUGAAGCCCAACUUAAGACCGAGGAUUCAGUAGAUGUUUGAAGUCUUCAAUUAUGGAUUCUUCUAUAUCAGUCAUAAAAGAAAGUCGUCUUUGCAAAUCUUUUAUAAUGUUUGGGUUUAUUGGGUUACUAAUAAAGUCAGCUGUGUUAAGGUAUUGACCUGAUUUGAUAUUCUCU